UUUGUUGCCGCAACCGCGCGCAUCGCCAUGGAUGAGAGUGAAGAACGCCGAGAGGCGAUGGAGAUUUUCUCGGAGAUCUCAGGGUUGUUGAACACCGGCCUCAAGCAGGAAGCGAGAUGACGCGAGAGUCCCUGGCUGCGCUCGUCGGGCUUUGUGAGCUGGGCGUGAACCCCGAGGCUUUAGCCCAGGUAGUGAAGGACCUUCGGGCGGAGAAGAAGCAGAUGAGCGAGGCGGACGCCCACGUUCCGGACGUUCCGGGACCGGCCUCCACGGGCGACCGGUCGCUUCAACCAGCUCCGCGGUCGAGCCGAAAGUCGGAUGGAUCCAAGUGAGUGCAACGGUGCAACGGGGAGUGUCCGGCGAGAUCCCGAAAAGAGGGGCAAAAAGGCAUGAAAGGAGAGAAGUCGGAGGGAUGAAAAAGAGAAGGUCCACAAAGACGAGGGUCUGGACAAGUUCGCAAAAAAGUGGAAAUCGAAGCAUUUCAUGCUGGGAUGAAGAUUAUUUGAGCUUAUUAGCCGAGUGGACACUGCAACA